UAUCCAUCCAAUUCUUGCCUUCCUGCCACAGGAGGGCUCACGACUUCGGAACCUCGUACCAGAUCCCAUUGCAUCUGGUGCAGGUUUAAACGGCGCUUCAUCUCGCACGAGAUAUUUCGCAGUCGUUUCUCCCCCUAGCUCGGCAACGUGUCGAGAGAGAUAGGUUCGGCGUUGGCCGACGGCCUAGACAGGCUGGAUCUGAGUCAACUGUCUGAAUCGACGCCCUCGUCGUCCGCGUCCGACUCCUUCGACAUGUCGUCUUCGGAAGGGGCCCCGGAGUCCUGGAUCUCCUCGUUUUGCUCCCUGAUGGGUCAUGAGUUCUUUGCGGAAGUGUCGGAGGACUUUAUCGAAGAUGACUUCAACUUGACAGGGCUGCAAUCGCAGGUGCCUAUGUACAAGGAGGCCUUGGAAAUGAUCCUGGACGUGGAGCCCGAGGAGGACGAGGAAGAUGAAGAAGAGGAGGAGGAGGAAGAGGAGGAUGAGGACGAGAUUCUAGGGGAUGAGAAGCCGCCAGGAUACCGCAGGGCAGGAGAACGGAGGCAUGCACGAGUCGCGAGUGAUCUGAGCGUCAUCGAGAGCUCUGCUGAAUUGCUUUACGGACUGAUCCAUCAACGCUACAUCACUUCACGGCCCGGUAUCCAGCAGAUGCUUGAAAAGUAUGAGAUGCAACAUUUCGGUGUCUGCCCGCGAGUCUAUUGCAACGGAUGCAAGGUUCUGCCCGUCGGACGUUCCGACACGCCUGGCCAAGAGACGGUCAAAUUGUUCUGCCCUAGUUGCCAGGAUCUCUACACUCCCCCGAACAGUCGGUUCCACUCGGUCGACGGAGCUUUCUUCGGAACUACCUUUGGAUGCCUGUUCUUUAUGACCUUCCCAGACCUCGAUAUCGGACCCCGGCUGGACAGUUCCCUCGCCGCGUUAUCACCGACCCGCUCCUCCUCCUUGACAUCUUCGAUCAACAACCAAGUGGUGCCGGAUGUGCCCCCUCCCAACCAGCCUGUUGAGAUCAACGGCGUGCGUACCGUCAAUUUCAGCCCGGGUCUUGGACCGGGUCGGAUCUACGAAUCUCGAAUCUAUGGCUUCCGCGUGUCGGAACGCUCACGCUCAGGACCGCGCAUGAAGUGGCUGCGGAUGAAGCCUCUUGAUGUUCGGGAAUUGGAUGAGCUGGCACGGUACGAGGCGCUGCACGGGGAGGCUGAUAAUGCUGAUAAUGAUGGGGACACGGAAAUGGGGAGCGCCCCCGGCAGCGCACAGAGUGCCGCCAUUGCGAAAAGGAAAAAGGCGCCCAUGCGCAGACGGCGAUACAAUCCUAACCAGAUGAGCAUCAACGGAGCGGAGGCCGGAUAACGGGUCGCCAUUGUCUUUGUGCUUUUUCUGUUGGGAUAGCUAUUUGAGGGAUGUUUUGCAUCUUUCUUAAUCCUUUCAGUUCUUUUUUCAUUUUAUAUAUUCUUAUGCUCUUCAUCUCUUCCAUUGCCUGUCUGUGCUCCAUCUAGUGAAAUAUUUGGAAUCAUCACCCUCUAUCUUCCUACCGCACUAUCU